CAUACACACACUGACUGGAGAGUCUGGCGCACUCGCUCAUGCCAGGAAGUUGUUGGUAUUCGGGGAAUAACAAAGAGAAGAAAACAGGUAUAUUAAACGCAUCGAAACUACACGAGGUGGAUCUGUGUAACAUAUUCGGGAUCUGGGUAUGAAUUGGAGGACUAUUAACUAAUGGAGGACUAAUCGAUGGAGGCGGACAGAAGUUUUGGGCUCGUCUGGGUCCUGCUGCUGCUGUUGGGUAUUACAGCCGCUACAGGGAGAGAAGUAUGUCUCGGGACAGAUAUGAAGCUGGCUUUACCCUCCAGUCUUGAGAAUCAUUAUGAGAUGCUCAGGCUCCUGUACACGGGCUGUCAAGUGGUUCAUGGUAACCUGGAGAUCACUCAUCUGCAGGGCACUCCAGACCUCUCCUUUUUGCAGGGGAUUGUGGAGGUUCAGGGGUAUGUGCUGAUAGCUCACGUCUCAGUGCGUUCGAUUCCUCUGGACAAUCUGCGGAUCAUACGAGGCAGUCAGCUGUAUAACUCCAGUUAUGCUCUCGCAGUACAUAACAACAUCCACCUCAGUCAGGUGGGACUCGGCUUGAGAGAACUACGCCUCAGGAGUCUUACAGAAAUCCUGCUUGGCGGGGUUUAUAUUUGGGGAAAUCCUCAACUUUGCUUUCCUCGGAAUAUUAAUUGGGAAGACACUGUUACUAAGGUUCAAAACAAACCGCUGCACCUGGAAGACAUUCCAAAGAACUGUCCUCUUUGUUCUUCUGCUUGUGGGUCUGGUGGAUGUUGGGGAGAAACAAAUCAGGACUGCCAGAUAUUGACCUCUGUGCAGUGCUCAUCUGGCUGUUUGCGCUGUAAAGGUCCAAAACCUAAUGAUUGCUGUCAUGUGCAGUGUGCUGCUGGGUGCACGGGGCCGAAAGACUCUGACUGUCUGGCUUGUCGUCACUUUAAUGACAGUGGGACGUGUAAAGACAACUGCCCCCCGCCCACCAUCUACGACCCAAUCACCUUCCAAUCCAAACCCAACAAGGACAAAAAGUUCAGUUUUGGAGCCACAUGCGUCAAACAGUGUCCCCAUAACUAUUUGGCAAUGGAAGUGGCAUGUACAAUGGUCUGUCCUAAAGCUAACAAGGAAGUCAUCACUGUCGAACCAGAUGGACAAGAAACACAGAAAUGUGAAAAGUGUGAAGGAGAGUGUCCAAAAGUGUGUUAUGGACUAGGUAUGGGAAACCUUCAGGGGGUGACAGUGGUGGAUGCCACCAACAUUGGCAUGUUCAUUGGCUGUGAUAAGAUCUACGGCAGUUUGGCUUUUCUUUCAGACUCCUUCAAAGCAAAUGCAGUUUCCAAUUCAACUGGACUGCAGUUAAGUGACCUGGAGAAGCUGAAGUCAAUACAAGAAAUCACAGGAUAUCUGUACAUAGAUGCAUGGCCAGAUUAUUUGGGUGAUCUGAGUGUUUUUGAGAACUUGAAGGUUAUCAGAGGAAGAAUGCUUUACAAGGGUGUUUUGUCUUUGGGAGUUCAGUCUUUACAGAUCGAGUCUCUCGGGUUGCGUUCCUUGCGCAGUGUCAGUGGAGGUUUAGUACUGAUUCAUAAUAACUCCAGACUGUGCUACAUCUCCUCUCUGCCCUGGACCUCUCUGCUCCACCCCGCACAGGGACCCAACCUCAUUAGAAGCAACAACCAAGACCAGGAAACAUGUGUUUCAGAGGGAAGAAUCUGUGACCCCCUGUGUGCGGAUGCAGGCUGCUGGGGGCCGGGACCCAGUCAGUGUGUGUCGUGUGUGAAUUACAAACGUGGGACGGAGUGUGUGGAGCAGUGUAAUGUCCUACAGGGGUCAGUCCGGGAGUUUGUGGAUGGAUUUAACUGUGUUCCUUGCCAUCCAGAGUGUCGACCAGUCAACGGUUCUGCCUCCUGUACAGGCCCAGGUCCAGAUCAGUGUAAGGAGUGUAUGCACUUUCAAGAUGGAGAUGUGUGUGUCGAGCGCUGUCCCAGUGGGGUGAAAGAGGACCAGCACACAGUGUGGAAGUACUUCAAUGCUACAGGACACUGUCUGCCCUGCGAGACCAACUGCACCGUCUCGUGUCCAUUGGAUGAUAGGGGGUGCCCCAUCCAACAGAAAACUGGGCCUGGGACAACAGUCGCAAUCACAAUUGGUGGAGUGUUUCUCUUUAUCAUUUUGCUGGCACUGCUGGUGUUGUACCUGCGACGACAGAAACGGCAGAAAAAGAAAGAAAACCUGAGGAGAAUUCUUCAGGAGCAUGAGCUGGUGGAGCCACUGACCCCAAGCGGAGCGAUGCCGAACCAGGCUCAGAUGCGUAUUCUCAAGGAGACAGAGCUGAAGAAACUCAGAGUGCUGGGCUCUGGAGCCUUCGGCACAGUCUAUAAGGGUAUUUGGGCUCCUGAUGGGGAGAACGUCAAGAUCCCAGUGGCCAUCAAAGUUUUGCGUGAGAACACCUCACCUAAAGCCAACAAAGAAAUCUUGGAUGAGGCAUAUGUGAUGGCAGGUGUUGCGAGCCCAUAUGUGUGCCGCUUGCUAGGCAUCUGUCUAACAUCAACGGUUCAGCUGGUUACUCAGCUCAUGCCAUACGGAUGCUUAUUGGACUAUGUCAGAGAGAACAAGGACCGCAUCGGCUCUCAGUACCUCCUCAACUGGUGUGUACAGAUUGCAAAGGGAAUGAGUUACCUUGAAGAAGUGAGGCUGGUUCACAGAGACCUUGCAGCUAGGAAUGUUCUAGUCAAAAACCCAAACCAUGUGAAGAUUACAGACUUUGGGCUUGCCAGACUGUUGGACAUAGAUGAGAAGGAGUACCAUGCUGAUGGGGGGAAGGUGCCAAUCAAAUGGAUGGCGCUGGAGUCCAUUUUACACAGGAAGUUUACUCACCAAAGUGAUGUAUGGAGCUACGGGGUGACUGUAUGGGAGCUGAUGACCUUUGGCAUGAAGCCAUAUGACCUCAUACCAGCGCGGGACAUUCCAGAACUACUGGAGAGGGGAGACAGACUCCCCCAGCCGUUAGUCUGUACCACAGAGGUCUACAUGAUCAUGGUCAAUUGUUGGAUGAUCGAUCCUGAGAGUCGGCCGCGAUUUAAGAACCUUACGGAGCAAUUUACCGCCAUGGCACGUGAUCCCCCACGGUUUGUAGUCAUCCAAAAUGACGAUCAGAUGAGUCUGUCGAAUCCUGUUGAUAGUGAGUUCUUCCGCAUGCUGAUGGCAGAGGAGGGGGGGAAUGUGAAGGAGUUACUGGAUGCGGAAGAAUACCUGGUGCCUCAGCCCGGCGGCAUCUUCAGCACACAAGGAGAAAUGAGAGCAAAUGGACCCAGCAGACACCACUCUCACAGGAGUACAGACCAAGCUUUAGAGGUGGAUGGUAUGCCAAGCGGGAGGGAUUUGUACUCCUCCGUCAGCAUGCUGGGGCAGAGUCAGUACCCAACUCUUCCUGUGGGGGCAACAGCCAAUGCCAUGUGGUCUGGGACACAGUACCAACCUCUAGCACGGAGCAUAUCACAUCGUUCCGCUGGAGGCCAAUCGGACUCUGUGUUUCUGGAUGGUUACGUGGAGGAUAACUGCCCUCCAUCCAGUCCUUGUCGUUAUUCUAAAGACCCCACCGUCCCCAAUGGCAUAGAUGGAGAGCUGGAGAACUGGAGAGAUGGAGCUGAUGGCCCUAUUGGUUUCCUUUCACACACACUGCCACGUGGAGCGCACACACAACCUGAAUAUGUGAACCAGGACGUCCCAUCAGAGCGUCCCAGCACGCUUCCACGCAAAGCGAACGAGAGGAGAUUCAUUAACGGUCUUUGUACAGGGAACAGUGUGGAGAAUCCACAGUACCUGGUGCCUUUGGGCAACAUCUCACCCACUUCACCUGCCUUCGACAACCCCUACUAUCAUGAUAUCGCAGCUAAAGCUCAGGCAGUCACCAGGGCAUCCAUAAACGGAGGAACAACUCACAGGCAGCCCAAUGGCUACAUGACCCCCACAGCAGAAAACCCAGAAUACCUGGGCUUAGCAGAGACAUGGAGUGGUCAAAUGGAGUAUACUUGAGAGGAAUCAUUCGGUACGGUUUGUGUGCAAGCGUGUGGAGAUGAAUGUAUUGGUGAGGUUGUGUGCGUGAGCGAACGAGUGAUGUAUUUUGUGAAGGACGUUCCUAAUGGGAAUGGAUUCUAAUGGCUUUCUAUUAAAUUACAACAAAAACCUAUGUAGCAUUCUGUGGAGAUUGAACUUGAAGAUGGAUGCAUUUCCACUCUUUGCCAAAAAUCUGCUUUUUUGCAUCUGACAAAAACAAGGUACGUUUUUCAAGACUGCUUGAAUGUUAACACUGGAUGGUGUCUUUGGAUAUAUGUAAUACACUAAGGAUUUUCAUUUGGUUUUUUACUUUCGUUCAUCUCGCAAAAACUUUUUUUUCUGGAGGUUCAAUUCAAUUCCAAGCCAGGGCCGUACACACUGCUUUACAGAGCGCUGUGUGAGAGCUGGACACAAUCAAAGCUGCUCUGUUCUGUGUGUAAAGGCCCUGGGUGAGCAGCUACAGUGCCAGUGAAUGAAAGACUGACAUUAUUGCCGUACGAAACGGAUGUGGUGCGUUUAGCCAUGCAUCUGGCUCUGAAAAUUCAUCAACAUUUCUCAUCUGUGGCAUAUCCAGGUUUUCACAUUUGUUUGGGUAUUUUUUUUAAAUUCCUUACGUUUGAGCAAUGACUAUCUUCAAUAUAGGAUGGGUAACAGUUUUACAGAUGUAUGUAGAGCAAAAGGUGAAUCUCAAAUAUUGUCCAGGUCAUAUUGCCCCCUAAAUUUAAAUAUUGCUCAUAAAGAAAAUUCUAAUACCUGUUAAGAUUUUUAAUUAACUACAUUACCUCCUCAAAAGUGGUCAAAAGUAACAGACUUUUACUUUGUUAAAGAUUUGUAUUUCAAAUAAAUGCUGUUAUUUUGAACAUUCUUUUCAUCAAGAAAUCAUGGAAAAAAUGUAUCACAGUUUCCACAAAAAUAUCAAGCAGCACAGCUGUUUUCAAUCAUAUUAAGAAAUGUUUCUUGAGCGACAAAUCAGCAGUGUUGGGGAAAGAUACUUUUAAAAGUAAUGCAUUACAAUAUUGCGUUACUCCCUAAAAAAGUAAGUAAUUUUGUUACUAAGUUACUUUUUGUGCAAAGUAAUGCGUUAAAUUACUUUUGCGUUACUUUUUCUCACCUGGGCUGGGCUUGCUUGUUUGUUUUUUAAUAACAACAAAAACAUUCUUUUUUUGGCAAAUGUAAAGGCCUUUUUACACAAAAAGUGAAAUGAAUAAAAUUCAAAAAUAAAAUGCAAAUUCACGCCUGUACAGUAGAGGGCGCAGCUCAAACAAACCUUUCACCUGUGCUGUCAUUCUGGAUUGCAGAAGAAAAGGACACAGGAGAAGAAAGUUCAACACUCUUAUUUCAGCAAUAAAGUGAGUUUAUUUUAAUAUAUUUAAUUAUUGCAGGUUUUCUGCAAUAUUUUUUAGUUUUUAUUCAUUUUGAGGAAUACACUUUUUGUGCAAGUGAGAUAAGUAAAUGGCUGCUCACAUUUAUGCUACCUUCACGUGCUCUCAGAAGUAUCGUAAAUACGAGUUUCCUUGGUAAAAUUUUCACAUGAACGCCCUCCUAUUUCGAAACUUGAAUGCAAUGAGCUUGUAAUCACAAUUUGGGAAGUGGGAAUUAUCAAAUUUCCGAUAGUACGUGAAGGCAGCAUUAUUCUAGAACUACAAUAACCAUCAUAUUCACACAUCAGUCAAUACAUGGGGAAACAAAGUAAUGCGUUACUUUACUAGUCACUUGAAAAAAGUAAUCUGAUUACGUAACUCACGUUACUUGUAAUGCGUUACCCCCAACACUGCAAAUCAGCAUAUUAGAAUGAUUUCUGUAGGAUCAUGUGACCCUGAAGACUGGAUUAAUGAUGCUGAAAAUUCAGCUUUGCCAUCAUAGGAAUAAAUUACAUUAAAAAAAUAUAUUCAAAUAGAAAACAGUUCUUUUAAAUUGUUAGAAUAUUUGACAAUAUUACCGCUUUUACUGUAUUUUUGAUCAAAUAAAUGCAGCCUUGCUGAGCAUAAGUUGACCCUAAAGUUUUAAUUGAACUUUUGAUAUUAUAUUUAUAUAUAUAUAUAUAUAUAUAUAUAUAUAUGUAUAUAUAUUGCAUGAAUGGAGGAGUUCUUGAUUAAAAUAAAUUAUGUCAAAAUGCAAAAAGUCUUACUGAUACUGGUAAAAUUAAUUUUCUUUAAGCAAAAUAUGAUUUAUUUUCAUUCCUUUUGAUUUUGGAUUAAAAUAUGACCUGGACAGAUCUUGACAGCUUUCAUAAGAUUCAUUCAAGGUGAAAUAUGUUUAUCUCCUUGUAUAUUUUUGUUGUACUUUACUUUUUAAUGUUAUCUGAUUGCUUCUUUGCAGUGAUGUAUACGAUUUGGUAUUAAUUGAUGUGAAGGGGCCCUUAUCAGACUGGCUGGUUUAUUUGUAAAAUGAUUUUGUAAGCAAGAGAGUAGAUGAUUUUUACAUCGUUAUGCAGUAGUUUUGAAAUCAAUGUUUAUUGUGAUAAUUCAUGUUCAUAAUGCCUAUUAUUAUAAUUUUAUAAGUACUUCUUUUUGGCACGACACCUCCUACUCAUUUAAAUUUGCCUCACAUAUAUGCAAAAAGAUGGCUAACACUAAACACAGUGUUGUGGAGUAAAUACUUCACAUUUAAGAAUGUGGUCUAAUUUCCAUAUAUUAGCAGCUGUGGACCCUGGGUGGACGAACGUCCGUUCAAUGCCUCCAUUGUUCCAAAUUACAACGUGUGCCUUUUGUUAUACCCGACUCCAGUGUCCAGUUAAUAUGUCACUUCUUUGAGGAAAGAAGUGUAUGUUUUGUCCUUGCCAUGUCAAUACGCAUUCUGUGGUGCCAUUUCAUACAUUAUGCAGUCCUUUUCCCUAAACCACAUCUUAAAUUCCAGAUGUUAAAUUCCGAAUCCGUUGUCAAUUUUCCUGAAUAUGAAGUGAGAAAUUUUGCUUUGGGAGUAUGUGAAUCAGUGGUCACAGAUGAUGAACUGUGAGUGAAUUGAGUUGCUGGAGUGAGAGACUGAUAUUAUGUGUGCUAAUGGCACUCCAGUGCGUUUCGACGUCAGCCCAAACAAUGACAUGAUUGUGUUUCAGAAUAAGGGAUGGGGGAAAAAACUGUUCGUUGAAUUUCUGCCUUGUCUCUGCAUAGCACACAGUCUACAGAGUUUUUUGGUCCAGGCUAUUGGUCCAGUUUGACAAAUUUGUAAAAAAUAGAUAAAAAUAAUACAGUAGCAAUCUGUUCGGGCAUCUUGAGCAACCCGAUAUAACAACCUUGCGCUGAGUUUAGGGUCAAACUACCUUUUCACUAGUUUUCCAACCAACAGGAUAUUACGGAAGUUUGUUUCUGCCACAGAAUAAAAAAUAAUAAAGGUAAUUGUGACUUUUUAUAUCACAAUUCGGACGUUUUUUCUCGCAAUUGCGAGUUUAUAUCUCGCUAGUCAGAUUUUAUAACUUGCAAUUUUUUAGUAACUUUUUUUACUUAGAUUUGCGAGUUUAUUUCGUAUUUCGGACUUUAUAGCUCACAACUGUGAGUUUAUAUAUCAAAAUUGCUUGAAAUAAAGUAAGAAUUACAAGAUAUUACGCUCAAUUGAGAAAAGUCAGAAUUGCCAGAUAUAAACUCACAAUUUGGACUUUUUUCCCUUUGCAAUUCUGACUUUAUUUCUCGCAAUUCUUUUUUCUUUUGUGAGAUAUAAACUUGGAAUUACAAGAAAAAAAGUCUGACUUUUUUCCCUCACAAUUGCAAGUAGGGCUGGACGAUUAUGAACUAAAAUCAAAACCUUGAUUAAUUGAACAUUUUACCUCGAUUACGAAUAAUGAACGAUUAUUUAUUUAUUUAUUUUUUAUAGUUCACUUACAAGGUUUGUACUGUAAAUUUGCUUGACUAUUAAAGGUGGGAUAUUUUUUCAUCAUAGCUCACUUUCAGCAGUUAUUUUAUCCAUGGUUCGUAAUAUUUCUUACAGAUUUCUGCUCGUUGUAAAUCAGAUAUAGAUAAAUUAGCACAGUACCAGUAAGUAAUGAGAGCGAUUGUGUGUGUGAAUUAGUCAUACCGUCUCUCUAUUAAUUGUGAAGCUGUGGGUUGUAAAUAGUUACUUCAAAAGUAGAAAAAAAUAUGCUAUAAUAAGUUUUGAGUUUCUAAGCUACUUUAGUGAUAUCACAGGACAGUGUUGACAACUGAUUUCUGCUCCUCAGUGCGCGCGAUCUUCACGUUUUGCGCAGCUACUGUUUGUUUGAGUGUUCGUGCCACAAUGCAGCUGCGCGAGCACGGUAGCUCGAUAUAAUACACAUCCGAUCGUCUAAAUCGCUUGAAUGUCUAACCUGGCAAACCUUAAACACAUACAACUGACAAAGUUUAGUGAAGACGCAAGGCUCACCACUCGCGCGCCAUCUCUGUGUGUUUUGACUCUGCGUUCACCUGCGUGUUGACUGGACGGGGCGGAGUCACGUGGCAACACACGCGCUAGUAUGUUUUUAAGUGGGAAGUAUUAACAGGAUUUAAAAAAAAAAAAAAAAAUAACCGACAAGGGAAAAUUACGUCGGUUAGAGGUACUGAAUUUCGGCUUCGAUUACUUUUCGAUUAAUCGUCCAGCCCUAAUUGCAAGUUUCUUUUUCGCAAUUCAGACAUUAUAAUUCGGAAUCGCACGCAAUUCUGACUUUUUUUCCUCAGAAUUAAGAGAUAUAAACUUGGAAUUGCACAAAAAAGUCAGAAUUGUGCGCUAAAUAUUCUGCAUUGUCUAAACAUUCUGCAAUUGUCUUUUAUAUUUUUCAUUCCGUGGUGGAAAUAAGCUUCCAUAGGAUAUCUUUCCUGUCUGUAAAAUUUAUUAUUUUAGCAAUUUUGUUUGAUGCCACUACUGAUACAGAAAUAAGACACUUCCCCUUUGACCUGUCCAGUCUUUUAGUUGCCUUUUAUAUGCCAUUCUAUACUUGCAUGUUUACUUUAUUACUCUUCCCAAGAUGCAUAAGAUGUAAACACCAGCAUUUACAGUUAAGACUGGACUACACUACACAACUUUUAAAAUCUGAACAGAUUUUAAAACACUAGGUAUCGUACACCUGCUGACUUUGUAAAUGGUUACAGAGAAAAACUAGUCAUCAUACACUAAACGCCUGAGGCUCACACAAUACCAGACUCCAUUCCGAACACAACUCAUGCAGAAAUAUGCGCCUCGUUGCUAGGAAACACAUGACAAACAAAAACAAUGUGAAAUGUUUGAUAUCCUCUGACUGCAUGGAUUUAAAGUCCGAAGCUAAAAAAACUGAGUCUGUGCCCAUCAUACACUACGCGUUCUUCUGUGAAAUAUGUCAACUCCGACUGCCCAAAAUCUCAACUCGUUCACACUGCAAAUCAGGCCAAAAAUUUGUACAAAGGCUUUGUAGUGCAUUCCAGCCAUAAGUCAGAAAGUUAAGCACCAAGCAUUUGAGUUCUAGUUUCAGGGUGCAUUUGUAAUGCCAGAAACCAGCACUGAUGCCAGCCGAAAUUAUUUCAGGAUCCAAUGGUAUAUAAAGUCUAUGCAGGCACACUGAAGGAAUUGUAAAAUCUGUUAAUGCCUUGAUUUUAACGAAAAUAUACAUUCUGAAUGUUUAAUAUUGAAUGUUGUACUUUUUAUAUGCAUAUUGUCCAGAUCUCAGUUGGUUGAAUGGUAAUUGUAGACUUGAGUUUGAUGUAAUAUUGCCAUUCUUCUUGUGAGCCAACCAAGUUAAUUGUAAAUAUACUGUAUAAUAAUCGACUGGAUGCACUGUGAUCUGCACACUCAACUUUGAGAACUCUAAUGGUACUAGUGUGCAAAAAUCUUCUAAACAGUGCUUCUGGGUAACCAGACUAGUGCCAAAUGGCUUAUUUGAACUUAAUUAAUGGUAAAGAGGUACAUUAUGAUGCCUAAAAUUGGGGAGAACAAGCAUCUGCUCUUUCUGUUAUUCUACAAAACAAAAGUCUGUUGUGAGAAAAUAAAAAGAAAUUAAAUCAGAGAAAACUCUAA